AUGUAUUAUCACGUUAGUGAACAUGUCGUCGACGUCAUUGGUGCUAACAGCCCUCAGGUAUGUGCCCUUCUUCCUGCUUCAAAUGAGUUUGAAAAUCGAGUUACAAACCAAUAUAAGUUGGCCAAAGCAGCCCCAUCAGAAUCAACUUCUUCACUUAACAGCAGAUCAUUUCAUAAACCUGUUGGUGCAAGAGAGAGGGAAGAGAAGAGUUUCAAAGCAAUAAAGAAAGACGAAACCAAUAAAAAAAGCCAGAUUCUUGAUGAAGAGAUGAAAAAUCGACAAUGUAAACAAUUGACAAUCUUCAACCAGCAGCAAGAAGAUAUAGAAGGACUAAGGCAGACCCUCUACACUACAAAAGCUGGUAUGAAAUUUAUGCAGAAGAAGUUUCAAGAAGAGUUCUCUUCUCUUGGCAUGCACAUUCAUGGCCUAGCUCAUGCUGCUUCUGGCUAUCACCGAGUUCUUGAAGAAAACCGAAAGCUGUACAAUCAGGUGCAGGACCUCAAGGGUAGCAUCCGUGUGUAUUGUCGUGUACGACCAUUUUUGCCUGGACAAUCCAGCUUUUCCAGUACAAUUGGGAGCAUGCAGGACGAUAGCAUAGGGAUUAACACUGCAUCAAGACAUGGAAAAUCACUCAAAUCCUUCAGUUUUAAUAAAGUCUUUGGCCCAUCUGCGACUCAAGAGGAGGUAUUCUCUGAUAUGCAGCCAUUGGUCCGUUCUGUUCUUCAUGGAUACAAUGUCUGCAUAUUUGCAUAUGGUCAAACUGGAUCAGGAAAAACAUUCACAAUGAGUGGACCAAGAGAUAUAACGGAGAAGAGUCAAGGAGUUAACUACAGAGCACUUGGUGAUCUGUUUCUUCUUGCUGAACAAAGAAAAGACACAUUCCGUUAUGAUAUUGCUGUUCAGAUGAUUGAAAUUUACAAUGAGCAAGUCAGAGACCUUCUGGUUAUUGAUGGAAGCAACAAAAGGUUAGAGAUCAGGAAUAGCUCUCAAAAGGGUCUAAGUGUACCGGAUGCAAGUCUUGUGCCGGUUUCUUCAACAUAUGAUGUGAUUGAUCUAAUGAAACUUGGGCAUAAGAAUCGUGCUGUUGGAUCAACAGCCUUGAAUGAUAGAAGCAGCCGUUCUCAUAGUUGCUUGACGGUUCAUGUUCAAGGAAGAGACUUGACUUCAGGAGCUGUUCUUCGUGGAUGUAUGCAUCUUGUGGAUCUAGCAGGCAGUGAAAGGGUAGAUAAAUCCGAAGUUACUGGCGACAGACUAAAAGAAGCACAGCACAUCAACAAAUCUCUAUCUGCUUUAGGAGAUGUGAUUGCUUCACUAGCUCACAAGAACCCGCAUGUUCCUUACAGAAACAGCAAACUCACACAACUCCUUCAGGAUUCUCUUGGAGGACAAGCAAAGACAUUGAUGUUUGUGCACAUUAGUCCUGAAGUAGAUGCAGUUGGGGAAACAAUAAGCACUUUGAAGUUUGCGGAGAGAGUAGCUACAGUUGAGCUUGGUGCUGCCCGAGUAAACAAUGACACUUCAGAUGUUAAGGAACUCAAAGAACAGAUUGCUACUCUUAAAGCAGCACUCGCUAGAAAAGAAGCAGGUUCACAACAGAACAAUAUAUUAACGACUCCUGGUGGCUCUGAGAAACACAAAGCCAGAACUAGUGAAGUAGAGAUUCAUAACAGUAGCAUCAUGACAAAGAAGUCAGAAAGCUGUGAAGUGGAGGAGAUUACAGUGAACUCACCACCUUGGCCACCGGUAGCAAGUCCAGGCCAAACCUACAGAGAGGAAGACCCAAGUUUCGGUUCAAGUGAAUGGGUUGAUAAGGUAAUGGUGAAUAACAGGCAAGACGAGAUGAGGAGAGUGGAGAGUCUUUGGGGAGGAGGAAUGACAGACAAUGGGAUAAGUGUUCUGCCGGAAGAUUUUUACAGGAGAGAUGUGUCUUCAGACAGUUCAAGAAUAUUCUCUGAACAUUCUUACAAUAUCUUCAUGGGAAACAACAACAGCGCAGACGAUCUAGAUGCAGCCACAAGUGAGUCAUCUGAGCCAGACUUGCUCUGGCAAUAUAACCAAACCGCUUCCAAGAUGUCAUCGACAACAAGCACUAUUGAGUCAACAAAAGCAAAGAAACCUGUCUCAAGACCGAUAAGAAGUCCUCAACUCAGGAACUCAAACACGGUGACACGUCCUUUAGUGAAUGGUUCUCGUGGCACGAAACAGGUUGGUCUUGCUGCUGAUAUGAAGCGAAAGGCAAGCGUCAGACGUUGAAAGACCAUUCACUCACACACGCA